AUGUCCGCCUACUGCCUGGGCUUGGCCAGCAGCGUUUCAGCACCCGCCGAGGCGGACAGCGCCUCCUGCAUGGAGCUGCCGGGGCCCGGUGGGGACGAAGUCCGGAGCCCAGCCGCAGCCGCCGCGGCCGCUGUAGUGUCCUUCCCCGGUGGCCCGGGGGAACUGGAACUGGCGCUCGAGGAGGAACUGGCGCUGCUGGCGGCUGGGGAGAGGCCGCCGGACCCGGGAGAGUUUCCCCAGGCCGAGUCGGGGCUUCUAGACGCGGCCGAGGCCCCGGGCCCGGGGCAGUUGCUGCAGCCGUCCUCACCCCCGCAGGAACCCGAACUGCUGUCGGUAAUCCGACAGAAGGAAAGAGACCUGGUACUGGCUGCCCGUCUGGGCAAGGCGCUGCUGGAGAGGAACCAGGACAUGAGCAGGCAGUACGAGCAGAUGCAUAAAGAGCUGACGGACAAGCUGGAGCACCUUGAACAAGAGAAACAUGAGUUAAGAAGACGAUUUGAGAACCGAGAAGGUGAAUGGGAAGGUAGAGUAUCCGAAUUGGAGAGCGACGUGAGACAGCUACAGGUUGAGUUAGAGAAGCAACAGGUUCACCUCCGAGAAGCUGAUAGAGAAAAGACGCGAGCGGUCCAGGAACUCUCCGAACAGAACCAAAGACUCUUGGAUCAGCUCAGUAGGGCAUCAGAAGUGGAGCGCCAACUCUCCAUGCAAGUCCACGCCCUCCGAGAAGAUUUCCGGGAGAAAAAUUCCUCAUCCAACCAACACAUUAUCCGGCUGGAGAGUCUUCAGGCUGAACAGGUACUUGAAAUCAAGAUGCUGUCAGAUCGGAAGCGAGAGCUGGAGCAUCGCCUCAGUGCCACAAUGGAGGAGAACGAUCUACUCCAGGGGACGGUGGAGGAGCUUCAGGACCGAGUCCUGAUUCUGGAGAGACAGAGCCACGACAAGGACCUCCAGCUCCACCAGAGUCAGCUGGAGCUCCAGGACGUCCGGCUCUCCUACAGACAGCUCCAGGUGAAGGUGGAGGAGCUCAGCGAUGAGCGGAGUCUGCAGAGCUUUAAUGCCACGAGCACAUCGCUCCUGUCUGAGAUCGAGCAGAGCAUGGAGGCCGAGGAGCUGGAGCAAGAGCGAGAGCAGCUGAGGCUGCAGCUUUGGGAAGCUUAUUGCCAGGUCCGCUACCUCUGCUCCCACCUCCGGGGGAAUGACAGCGCCGACUCGGCCGUCUCCACAGACUCCUCGAUGGACGAGUCGUCAGAAACCUCGUCGGCCAAGGACGUGCCAGCUGGCAGCUUGCGCACGGCUCUCAGUGAGCUCAAGAGGCUCAUUCAGAGCAUAGUGGAUGGAAUGGAACCCACGAGCUCCCGGAGAAUUGAUGAUGAUGCCUUAGAAGAGCAAAUAAGACAAACCAAUGAGGACUCGAGAGCGCUAAGGGAACUGAUGGAAGGAGAAAGAGGGAAACUGAGGCAGAGCUUAGAAGAAUUGCAACGACUUCACAGCCAGGUGACGAUGUUGAGCGUGGAGAUGACAGCCCUCAAGGAAGAGAGGGAUCGCCUCCGAGUGACGUCCGAGGAGAAAGAAGCCAAGGAGCAGCUUCUCAAAGCCAUCAGGGACCGAGAUGAGGCCAUUGCAAAGAAGAACGCGGUAGAGAUGGAACUGGCCAAGUGUAAGAUGGAUAUGAUGUCCUUGAACAACCAGCUCCUGGAUGCCAUUCAGCAAAAACUGAACCUCUCCCAGCAGCUGGAGGCCUGGCAGGACGACAUGCACAGGGUCAUCGACCAGCAGCUGAUGGAUAAACACCAGAAGGAACGGAGCCGGCCCGCUUCUUCCUUCUCCAGUGGCCACGGACGGGGGGAUGAGCCUGGCGGGGCUGAAGGCAAAGGGCUCUUCUCAUUCUUCAGGAAAAUUUAAAUUGGAAGAAGGCAACCAGCUACUGAGGGAGGGGAGGGGGCAAGCAGCUGGGCCCGGCCACACAACACUGCUACUCAGCCCAGCGGCCCAGCCUGGCCACCCCGGGAGGCAGGGGGUCUGCCAGCCUGCCAGUUUGCCCAUCCCACAGAGAGCCAUACUUUUUCCCCUCUGUGGGCCAGUGAGCAGCCUGCUGAGACAGGUAUGCACUGUAACCACCCCACACACACUAGUGCUGCUGAACUCUGGUGGGGCGAAAACCCCAUCUCCCCAAGAAGAAAAGCAACAGCUCUCUGAAGGCCCAUCGCAGGAGCGAGGUCCCAAAGUAGCUUAGCCCAGGUUCAGGAAGCCGCCGUCCUUCUGCCCUGGCCCACGGGAGUCCCUGACCCAAGAUGGCGCUCUCAGAAGAGAAGGGGCCUCUGUGAUCCUCAGGCAGGGGAGGAACUGCCUACACCCCCACCCCACUUUGGGAGCGUGGAGGGAGGGGGGAGGACUACGUUCAGAGGCCCUGUCCUGGCUUCCCAUCCCUCCCAGGACCGGAGCUCGAGGCCUGAUCCCCUACAUUGCCUCCUCAGGGCUUAGUUCUAAUGGCAGAAGCUCAAAGGCUGUAGCAGGAGCCCUGCUACUGAGUCUGAACCAGUUGGGCCCAAGGGACAGAGAUUGAGAUACACCGAACAUCUCUCUCUGGCUGCAGCCAGCCCGCCCCGCCCCCUGGCAUCCAGGGCUGGUGUUCCAAGCUUAAGCCUGGUCCUCCAAAAGAGGGGGGCAGGCGGGCUCCAGAUGGGAGCUCCCCACGCUACCACCCUGGGUCCUGGGGGGGAGGAGGCAGUUUUCUUCCUUCAUCGGGCAACACACACACACAAGCACUCGUUCUGUUUCCAAGCCCUACCCAGGACUCCGCUCAGGCUCCAAGCCCCGGGGACCACACUGCUCCCACUCCUCUCCUGAUAACCUUAGCAACAGAAGAGCACUCGCCCCCAAGAAGACAGGGUCAGGCGUAGGGGCAAAAAGCAACCCAAGUGCUUUCUGGUUCCUAUUUCCUGGGGGACGUUGGACCUCCCCUGGCCCUGGGUGCAUCUAGCCCUUUUCUCCACACAAGCUAGGCCUCAGGGCCAGGGCCAGGGCCAGAGUCCUUCCCCACCUACCCAGCAAGCUUCCCUUGGGCAGGAUCACUCCAGUGUGAGGCCUUCAGCUAGACACCACCCACUGUGCCCAGCAGGCUGCUGGGGAAGAGGGGGAGGCAGCCAUGGGUCACUCCGUCCUUGGCACCCCCAGACCCCAAGGGAGUUUGAGGGUAAAGGGGGAGAUUCUCGGCAACCCUCCCUUCAUCUUCUCUCCCCUCUGACCUGCUGCUGCUUCUCCCUCCGCAGCAGCACCUGAGCCCUCUCUGCUGCGCAGCCCCAACCCUGCAUUCAGAGAGGUUUUUACAGGCCCGAGGUCUGCAAGCUGCUAUAGAAUCUGGCCUCCUCGAGCUUCUAUGGAGGAAAGCACAGCAGGGACUAGCGGGAAGAACGGAUCUAGAUCUGUACAUACCACAGGGCUGGAAUUUUUGUAUGUAGCAAUCCUGUAAAUACAUGUAUGGAUUUUAUAAUAUACAUAUUCUAUAUAUAAAAAUCUAUAAAGGCAUAUUUUUAGAAGAAAACCACAAAGAUCCACAGCUUUUUGUAAAUAGUCCAAAUCAGAAUAAAAUCAAUUUCUACA